GCACGCCGCGCCGCCGCUUGUUCGGCAGCCAUGUGGGCGGCGGCUAGUCGGCUGUGGGGUCUCCGCGGGAAACUCCGGGCGCUGCUCGGCGAUCGUCACGCGGCGCUCCGUCUGGGCGGCGCCCAAGGCCUGCACGGCUCCCCGGUUCCCUGCGGCAAGAACCUGCUCAAGAAAUUUGCCUCAAAAACUAAAAAAAAGUUUUGGUAUGAAGGUCCUUCCUUGGGCUCUCACUUGGCUUACAAGCCAUCCCAGUUGGAAUUCCUAACGAAAAGUACCUCAAAGAAAACCAAGAAAGAAGACCAUGUGCGUCUGAGGGCCCUGAAUGGCCUCCUGUACAAAGCGCUGACCGAUUUGCUGUGCACCCCUGAAGUGAGCCAGGAGAUCUGUGACCUGAACGUGGAGCUCUCCAAGGUCUCUCUGACUUCAGACUUCUCAGCCUGCCGCGUGUACUGGAAGACAACGCUGUCUGCUGAGCAGAACGCGCACACAGAGGCUGCCCUACAGAGGAGUGCUGCACAUAUGAGGCAUCUUUUGAUGUCCCAGCAGACCCUGAGGAAUGUGCCACCGAUAGUGUUUGUUCAGGACAAAGAAAAUGCAGCUCUAGCUGAGGUUGAUUGGUUACUGGCAGUUGCUGACUUUGGACCCCCAAAUGAAAAAGACAACUUUAUGCACAGUGAUUUCAGGGACCCCGAGGCCCAGAAUGCCCCAUCGCUGUGCGACACUCCAGGCCCUGCAAUGCACUCGACUGUGUGUGGGAUCAAUCACGAGGCGCUCAACAAGCAGAUCAUGGAGUACAAGAGGAGGAAAGAGAGAGCGCAUGGGAGUGUGAGCCUGGAGCAUGUGGCUGAGCUGACAAAGCAAAUGAAAAAGAGGAAAAAGACCAAGCCCCGCAUUGACGAGGACCUCUCCCCCAAGAACCACCUGUGGGGGACGGCAGGUGAAGACGACCUGGGCGACAGCGGGGCCUGUCUGGAGGAACAUAGCCUGGGACAUGGGUGGGAGCUCCCAGAAGCAGAGCAGGAACUACAGGUGGAGAGAGGCGGCAACAGAAAGGAGUGAGGUGACCGUUAGAGAUCACG